CUGUCGUACACACCUCCUAUACAUGCUUAUGCUGUACCUUGGAUGGCGCUAAGGCUUUGAGUGCUUCACCAUGAGAAACGGGGCUCUGUUGGCUGUUGCAGGUGCCGCCGUACUGAUCAAUGCGUUCUGCUCCAGCGGCGUGAUACGCUGCGACGCCCUUGUCUUGCGCGGAGGCAUCAAGCGGCGUGAUAGCACCAUCAGACGAGUGAGAGGUGGGGUGUCAGACCUCCGAGCUGCUUGGAUCGAUGAACAGGUCUCGCUCGAGGUGCCAGCGUCCACCCAGGACGCGUACUCCCUGUAUUCGGAUCUCCAGAGGCAGCCGGAGUGGUCUCCCUGGCUCAAAAGUGUCCAGCAUGACCGCGCAACCGGGACCUCGAAGUGGGUCAUCCAAUCCAACGGCAUCAAGGUUUCCUGGAACGCCCAAAACACCGUGGAGGUGUACGGGUCGGAGGUGGCGUGGGAGAGCACGACGGGCCUCAGCAACCGGGGUCGAGUGACGUUCGACGACAAGGGGGGCGAGCGAUGCCUCAUGACGCUGACGCUGUCGUACAACCUGCCGUGAUAGCGUCCGUGCUGCGGUUGGAGGCCGUCGAAAGGUUCGUCAAGCGGACCAUCCUCAGCGACCUUGCGCGGUUCAAGAAGGUGCUGAUUCGACAGCUGGAGACGGCGCCUGCCUCUCCUAAAUUUAGCACCGCUCCCAAGGAAUCGGUCCACGGCACCCCUGGUGCUGGUGCUGGUGCUACUGCUGCUGCCGCUGCUUCAACUGUCGCCGGUGCUGCCACUUCCAGCGCUGCGCCUGCAGCUGCUCCUGCACCUACUCCUCCUGCGGUGGCUGCUCCUACGACGACCCCUGCUUCGUCUGCCGCUGUCACCACCACCACCACCACUGCUGCUGCUGCUGCUGCUGCCGCUGUUGCUACUGCUGACGACGCUGCUGGUGCUCCGAGCGUAGCCGCCGGCGCGGAUGGCGUGGAAUCAGAGGGCGAGGCCAAGGACAGUACUCGCGCUCCUGGGCGACGAUCGCGAUGGAGACGGAGAUUUCGGAGAUUGCUGCGGCGAGACCGGGGCCGAGAAGCUGCCGCGCCUUCGGCGGUGGCGGCGGGGGUAGAACAUGACGGAUCGUAAGGACAAACGGAGACGUGGGAAUGAAACUUGUAGGACCUCGGGGUUUCGUGGCGCCGUUUUUGCCGGCAAUCAUGUUAACAGUAAGUACAGUGAACGGGUAGUCUUUCUAUGCUUUCUGUGCUAUGUAUAUUUUCGAAAAAAAUAUCAUGCAAGCAAGCGAGUGAAUCGAUCGUUUUUUUGUAGUAUAAAUUUUGCUCAUCUAUAAACUUUGCUCAUCUAUGGUCAUAGGCAGCUGGUCUUAAUUGGGCCUGCGCGUUUGUUUCUUGCUGAAACAACGAUGGGGGUUGGACACAUGCACACACCUUUUUCCGGCUCGCGGCUUGAUGGUGUUUUCCCGCGUUGCUGCCGAGCUGCUGCAGCCCUUUUGCAUGUCUUUUGUCGUUCUUCGACCAGAGACCGGACGAGACGAAAAGCUCGAUCAAUGGGCAGAGCCGUUCACUGCACCCACCCGCGGCGUGAUGGCACCCAGUGGGUCGCGGCAUUGCGUCGCAUCCACGGCCUUUUGACAGUCGUUCCCGCCACAGGGGGAGAAAACGAGAAACGCUCCCUAUAGGAUUUCAGCUGAAUGCCACGAAAGUUAUGAUCGUUUCCGUCGGCAUCGGCAAAAUCGUGUUUGCGAUUAGAUAUGCCUGCCAGAAUCUAUGUUAGCAUCCGUUCUCCGGGGGGGUGAGUGUUUUUUUGCCCCAAUCUGAUAAGCCCACCCCUCCCGCUUUUCUAAACAAAACAACACGAUUUUUUGUUGAUAGAAUCGACGUUAAAAACGACCGUUCAGCGGGGGCUAAUUUCUUGCUGCUGUCUUGCCAUCCCUACAUUACCACGGGCUCCAAAGGCGCAGGCAGCACAGAACGCAAAGCCCUGUUGUCACUUUCUUGCGAACAAGUGUUGAAAUCUCCACCCUUCUCAUCUGAACUAUUUACACACAAAAAUACAUACUGCUGGGCAUUUCCCCUACCCAAUGUCAGCAACUACCACCGUACGCCACCAAAAAAACUGGGAGUCGCGCCAAGUGCUCACCAGCGUAAGAGAAGAGUGAUUUUGUCUGAAAAAACAAAAAACGAAGACAUAAUCCGACAGAGCUACGCGAGGAAAACAAGCAAGUGUCUUCAAAAUUCCUCGAUUCUUUUUUCAAUUUUUCUGUUCGUCCUCCUUCGGACCGGACGAAUGAGACCUUCGCGCGCUCAUCGCAUUCCACCCGACAGUGAUGCAUACGAGCUAGCUACUGCUGUGCUGGCGCCCGCUCCCCUUGGUCCACCUUCCGCUGAGCGGGAGAGACACAAAUAGACUUGUUGUUCUUGACAUGAAACGUUCCGGUCUCCACUCAGUACCUUCUAGGGUCCGUACUCGUCCAACUGCAUAGGACGCCUUCCGUGGUCACAAGCCAGCUACCUGAAGACGAGACAUGUGAUGGGUACUCUAAAUUCAAGUAUGCACCCGAAAAAUACUGAUCUGUCAGAGCUCCAGAGAUCCUGGAAAAUGCAAAACUUCCGUGGUCACAAGCCAGCUACACCUGAAGACGAGACACUGGAGUACUCCAAAUUCAAGUGUACACUCGAAUAGUACUGAUUGGUCAGAGCUCGCGAGAUAGAAGAUGCAAACUCUACCCGAGAGCCCGAGAGAAACAAUCCCAACGCCAAUUAAUUAUCGUUCAUCUUAAGGACUCGUUUCACACCCAGCAUGGAGGCGUACAGUACGCCGCCAAACCCCUGAAGCAAGUAUCUCUACUGCUUGCUUGCUGCCUCUCUUUCCAUGUCGAUGCUACAGUAUAUCCUUCACCUUGUUUUUUUUAUGGAGUUCUUCACCGGAAAGAAGUACAGCGACAACGGCAUCAAGCGAAAGCCCAAAAUACACACAAAAACACGCGCGUUCUAGGAAACAAGAGCUAACUAGUAAGGGGGCCUACAGACCCAACACCCGACCACACUACAAUACAUGCUGCGUUUACGCGGUCGUGGGAUAAGGGCAGCAGCAGCUGAAAAAAUGAGGUCGAUAACUUUUAUCUUGAACGCACUGCCACAGUCGCAGCAUUUGCGACCUCAACACACACCAGCACCCUGUGAAGUGUAAUUCGAGCCUGUGUUUUGCGUACAUUCUGACUUUGUUUUUUUCCGCCGGUUUUGAAUUGAAGAUGAACUUGCAUAUUCACUGCAACUCUGCACAACCGCCAUCAGGCAGACC